GGAAGCCGCCGCGCACACGUGUUUUCUUGCAGGUUUGAAGGUUACAGAAGAAGCUUCAGGGAGCCUCCGUGUGUUCUGUCCGGCGGAGAGGGUCACCGGGACUGGACGGCGUGGGUCGAGGCGGCACUGAAACGCGGACAUGGAUCCCAUGAAGGCGCAGCAGCUGGCGGCGGAGCUGGAGGUGGAGAUGAUGGCUGACAUGUACAACCGAAUGACCAACGCCUGCCACAGGAAGUGCGUCCCGCCACAUUACAAGGAGGCGGAGCUGACGAAGGGCGAGUCGGUCUGCCUGGAUCGCUGUGUGGCCAAAUACCUGGACCUUCACGAGCGGCUGGGACGAAAGCUGACAGAGCUAUCGGUCCAGGACGAGGAGAUGAUGAGGAAGGCGGCUGUUGGCAGCGGAUAGAGACACUGACAAAGGAGACAGAGUGAUGCAUUGUGGGGGAAUUAAAAGGUAAUGGGAAGGGAUUAGCAUGUGAAGACUUGUGUGUUUUAAUAAGAGGGUGGGUAAAUCAAAAUAAAAGUAAUGAGGGUCCACUGAGAGAAACUGCCUCCUCUUCAGCGUUGGGGGAUGAUACAAGGGGCAGCAUCGGAGGAUGCCCCGGAGCAGCAGGAGGACAUCUUGGAUCUGCCCCCGGUGGUCUGCCAGCCUCUCUGGAGCUGGAUUUUACAUUCAGCUCAACCUGCUGAAACUGGACUGGACAUGUAAUAUUAUUUCUGUGUCGUACUUUGUGCUUGUUUUCGGCUGACUUGAGUCCAAAUACGCCAAAUAUCUGGUGCGUGCAUCAGGUUAAAACAAACACAAAGACUAACGUCAAUGUAGUCGAUGAUCCCAAGUCAACUUUUGAAUUCUGUAAUUUUUUUUUUGUUUUUUUGUUUUGGGCCGUCUUUAAAAGGUCGACACGAGACAACAUUCAGGUAGAAAUACAGUAUUCACAGUUACAGGGUGUCUGUAAUGCAGACAUAGUAGGAUUUCUGAGGCGUGUAUUACACAGUGAGAUUAAGUGGUUUAUGAGGUAUGUUGAGCUUGAAGUUUUCAGUAUCACAGAGUUGGUACUCUCUUAACCUGCUAGGUCACCAUAGUAACAGACGCUACACAACUAAACCCAAUCUGGAGGAGGUUCAGUUCAAUUGCCCCCAUUUUACCAAUACUUUUCCAAACCAUAUUCUCUAUUAGCUAUACAAAUUUACAGCUGAUUAUAUAUUUAUGCCACCGAAUGGAGCAGAAUAAAUUGUUUUGCAUUGCGUUGCCAUAGUAACCCGCAUGCAAUCAGUGUAUGAUGCAUUAUUUGCAUCAAGAAUUAGGCUGAAUUUCUGCCAUGUCUGCAGCUUAUGCAGCACAGAUGAAAAAUUGCUUGGUGUUUAGAUUUUAUUACACAGAAAAUUCAAUUAACAACAUUGAUUUCACUUAAAUUCUUCAUUAUGAGACAGUGUCAGACCUAAAUUCACUUUUUUUCAUAUCAUGUUUACAUCUAUGACGUCAAAGAGCUCUAAUGUGCAGCUGUCACAUCAGAAAUAAGCCGCACCACUGAGAGUCACUGAGUGGGAAAAUAUGUAUAUAAACACACGUGAUGAAAUAUUUUCUAUCAGCAUUCCUGUCUUACGUCAUUUGCAGUAACUGUUGUUUUUUAGAGUAAUCAUUUUUAAUAUUCCUCAUAGCUUUCUACUAUUACAACCUGUUGCUGUUAACGUAGGUGGCGAGCCGUCUCUCCAGGUUUUGCAGAACAAGAGUCAAAUGACAUCAGAUGUCCUCUUUUCUGGGAGUGUGGUGAAGAAAACCUGCUAACAAAUAUGGUUUACAGUCACCUGCUGUCUCUGCUCGGGGUUUUCAGUGUAGUCGAGCCAGCUAACGCAAAGCAAGCCCGGCUUUGUCAGUGCAUCCCUCUUAAAAUACCGUCAGUUACAUGGAUCAGAGCGUGCACUGAGUUAAUGAUGUGGUUGAGCCAGUUUGUGUUUUUUCUGCAGGUCUCUAUGCACAGUUUCCUCUUUUUUCUACCCUGGACGAUGCUGUGUUGUCAGAUACAGGCGGCCUGAACUUUGCUCAUUUUGUCAUGUUUGUGUAGACUGUGUUGUGUGUCAGUGAACCAUGUUUUCUCUUUUUUUUUUUCCACGUGCAAACCACAGUGACAGCCUCUGCAUAGCGGAGUAGCUGCACACUGUGCUGUUGUUACUCUAAUAAAAAACUGUCAUCCUUUA